AUGCAACUGUCUGCUGCUCAAGCUCCACGCAUUCGCUGCUUUAGGAGGCUGACCUGCGCCCCAAAGCACAUGAUCCUUCGACUUGCUGCUCGAUCUGGGGCACGCUGGGCAGCUGUCACCUCGACAGUUGCUCUCCAUCGCCCCGAUGCGCCUGCUCGAUGUGAUGGACUGCCUUUCAAGUUGCCAACGAGUGUAGAGGAGCUGGUCCCCUUUGGACAGACCGUCUCGGUUGGGGGCUUGAUGGGAGUGUGUUCCGGAUUUGCUCUCAAGAAGGUUGGAAAAUUGGCUGCUGGCCUUUUUGGUGGGCUUUUCUGCCUUCAGCAGGCUCUAGCUUAUCAAGGCUACGUCACAGUGAAUUGGUCGAAAGUUGAGAAAGACCUCACUGAAGUACUCGACGUGAACAAGGAUGGAAAACUUGAUGCGGGCGAUGUGAAUGAGGGUUACACAAAAGUGCUCAAGGUACUCCAAAGCAACACGGCUGGUUUGUCAGGUGGCUUUGCAGGUGGCUUUUUGCUUGGGGUUCGCUUGGGCUAA